GAUAAAUAUUAUCCCAAAUAUCUCGUGGCCACUCUCUGUCUCUCGUCUCUCAGUCCACCAUCUCCUUUGAAAAGCUUCCUUUUCUUCUCGCUCCGUCUAGAUCCGAUUCCGCCAAUGGCCAAGGAACCCGUUCGCGUUCUCGUCACCGGUGCCGCAGGGCAAAUUGGAUAUGCCCUCGUUCCUAUGAUCGCUAGGGGAGUGAUGUUGGGUCCUGACCAGCCUGUGAUUUUGCACAUGCUUGAUAUCCCACCUGCUGCGGAGGCUCUAAAUGGUGUUAAGAUGGAAUUGGUCGAUGCUGCAUUCCCUCUCCUUAAAGGUGUGGUUGCAACAACCGAUGUUGUUGAGGCUUGCACAGGUGUUAGUGUUGCAAUCAUGGUCGGUGGCUUCCCAAGGAAAGAGGGCAUGGAAAGAAAGGAUGUGAUGACAAAAAAUGUUUCAAUCUACAAGUCGCAGGCUUCUGCUUUAGAAAAGCAUGCAGCCGCCAAUUGCAAGGUUGUGGUCGUUGCGAAUCCUGCAAAUACAAAUGCAUUGAUUCUGAAGGAAUAUGCACCAUCCAUCCCUGAGAAAAAUAUUACCUGUCUAACUAGAUUGGAUCAUAAUAGGGCAUUGGGUCAGAUUGCUGAGAGAUUGAAGGUUCAAGUUUCUGAAGUGAAAAAUGCCAUUAUAUGGGGAAAUCACUCGUCAACUCAGUAUCCUGAUGUCAACCAUGCGACUGUUAAUACCCCAUCCGGUGAAAAACCUGUUCGUGAACUCAUUAAGGAUGAUGCAUGGUUGAAUGGAGAAUUCAUUGCUACAGUCCAACAACGUGGUGCUGCAAUUAUUAAAGCUAGGAAGCUUUCAAGUGCACUUUCUGCUGCUAGUGGUGCUUGCGACCACAUUCGUGACUGGGUUCUUGGAACUCCAGAGGGAACAUGGGUUUCAAUGGGGGUGUAUUCCGAUGGCUCUUACAAUGUGCCUGCUGGCCUCAUCUAUUCGUUUCCAGUAACUUGUUGCAAUGGAGAAUGGACCAUCGUAAAAGGUCUCCCAAUCGAUGAAUUCUCGCGGAAGAAGAUGGAUGCGACAGCAGAGGAACUGACUGAGGAAAAAGCACUUGCAUACUCUUGCCUCUCUUGAAUGCCAUCUUUGGCCGUCUAGCAUCUUACAGUUUUGAAUAAUGCUGUUCUGUUAUCAUGAUUUAGAAUGUUACAGCGACAGGAGAGCAGCUUCAAUGGAUUUCUAUGUUUUCUUUUGGCCACCGGAAAGGUACUCUUCCUUAUUGAGGGAUCCGUAAAAGAAUUGUUGGUGUGUUUACUAUUGAUCUAUGAGAUCUUCUAUGCUUAU